GCGGAAGAGGCCUCCGUCAGGGGGCGUGCCUACGCAGCCGCGGUGUAAUCGGCGGCGUUCACGUGCCGGAGAUGGCGGCCGACCCUCUUCCUCCGUCCGCGAUGGCUCGGCCGGGAACUCUGAACCUCAAUAACGAGGUUGUGAAGAUGAGGAAAGAGGUGAAGCGAGUCCGAGUGCUGGUUAUCCGAAAACUCGUAAGGAGUGUUGGCAGACUCAAGUCCAAAAAGGGCACUGAAGACGCACUCUUGAAAAACCAAAGACGAGCCCAAAGGUUGCUUGAAGAAAUCCACGCCAUGAAGGAAUUGAAACCUGAUGUCAUAACUAAAUCCGCUCUUGAUGAUGAUAUCAACUUUGAAAAAACUUGCAAAAAGCCAGAUUCAACCGCAACUGAAAGAGCAAUUGCCAGGUUAGCAGUUCACCCUCUUCUGAAGAAAAAAAUAGAUGUGCUAAAAGCUGCUGUACAAGCCUUCAAAGAUGCAAGGCACAAUGCUCCUCAGGCUGGGUCAUCAAAGAAUACUUCAGAAGAAAGCCAGUGCAAGGAUACUCUGGGCUCAAAGGAUGAUGCAAGGCAGUUACAGCCUCAGGAGAGAACUGUUGUCAGUGAGCAGAGAGGAAAAGAUGCCAAAACAGCAGCAAAGAAAGCAGUAAGUGAUUUAAAAGAAAAAAUGGCCAAGAUAGAAGAUGGACCCAAAGCAGUGGCCACUCCAUGUUCUCCAGGGAUGCCUUCAGGAAAGGAUGCUGUGGUUACCUCUGCACACCAGAAGGCACCUGCUGACGCAAACCAGAAAGCCUCAACCAUAAGCACGGAGAGAGAGAGUGAGAGCACCCCUGGCGGGAACAGUGGCAGUGAGGAAGAGUUAAGUGAGGAGGAAAAGGAGUACUUCGACGACAGCACGGAAGAGAGGUUCUACAAACAGUCUUCCGUGUCCGAGGACAGCGACAGUGGUGAUGACUUCUUCAUUGGAAAAGUGAAACGGACACGAAAGAAGGAUUGUAGUUUGCGGUCCUCGGCUAAGGACCAGAAGCCCCUCCCAAAGAUGUCACCUAAAACAAAUACACUUGAAACCAAUUGGGGUGUAAGAAAUGGUCAACACAAGCUGAUUCCAGAAGCCAGGAAGUUAGAAUCCGUGUUUUUUCACUCUUUAUCUGGACCUAAAAGCUCCAGAAGGGAUUCCAGAGAACAGGCCCCAAAGAAUAAAGCUCCAGAUUUUCCAGAAGAUGAACCUCCAAUCAGGAGUCAGUUUACAAAGAGUGCAGGGAGACGGUUUGAGAGUAGGAAGCAGCAGGAGCCCGCUCCUCUGCAUCCUUCCUGGGAAGCGAGCAGGAGGCGGAAAGAGCAGCAGUCCAAAAUCACUGUCUUUCAGGGGAAGAAAAUCACAUUUGAUGAUUGAUUGCUUACUGCUUUUCUGAGCUUUCUGUCAAAAGUUUUGUUAUUUUUU